AUGUUUAAAAGAAAAGGCGAAAUUAACGAUCUCGAUCACGAGCUAGCUUAUCUCGUCGAAUCCAACGCGAAUGUGAGCGAGCGCGCCGAAGACGCGCUACGCGAAGCACAAUCGGCGAUGGAGGAACUCGAGAAGAGCAUCGGCAAUAUUCGUGAGAGCACCAAAUCGUCGGAUGAGAUUGUUCGCGAAAUGACGCGCGAUAUAAAGCAACUCGAUGUAGCCAAGAGGAAUUUGACCGCUUCCAUCACCACCCUUCACCACUUGCACAUUCUUCUGAAUGGCGUUGAAUCGCUGGGUGCGUGGGUCGACAAGAAGGACUAUUCGUCGAUUGCACGCCAACUUCCCGCCAUUCUCAACGUACUGCAGUUGUUCGAUGCUUAUAAAGAGUUCGAGCAAAUUGCGAGCUUGUCGUCGAAGUUGGAUCAUCUGAAGAGUUCGCUGACGAUUCAACUCGCUGCUGAUCUAAAAGGCGCAUUUCAAACAGGGCAGUUGAGUGAAAGAGUCACCGAUAUGUGUCGAGUCGCCGCUGCUCUUGAAGGAAACGUGAAAGAAAGCUUCUGUAAAUGGUUCAUCGAGCAACAACUCACCGAAUAUGUUGUUGUUUACGCCGACACCGAAGCAAACGCGUGGAUCGACAAAAUCGAGGAUCGCUAUAAAUGGUUCGCAAGAAAACUGGCGGAUUUCGAAAGAGCGGGUCUCGCAAAAAUAUUCCCGCCCGAUUGGAAUAUGGGUCGAAGACUCACCAUGGAAUAUUGCACUGUUACAAGGGAUAUAUUGUACCGAAUGAUGACGCGUCGUCGGCAGGAUCUCGACUGGAAAAUGUUAAAUCAUGCCAUUCAGCAUACGAAAAAGUUUGAGAAGCUUCUAAUGAAAAUGUUCCCCGAAAAAGAUGGAUACAAUUUUGAUAAGGCAAUCUGGAGCGUAUUUGAUCCAUUCUUGGACGUGUUCAUAAAUGCGCAAGAAAAAACUCUAAAUGAUUUCAUUGAUGAAUGCGCAAACAAAAUUCGAAGCGGCGAAGAUCGACCAUCUCGCGAAGCGUCGAAGUACGCUGUCCCGUUUCCAUCGUCAGCGGAUAUGUUCCUAUUAUUGAAGAAGGUGAUCAUGGAAUCAAGUAGUCUUGGAAGCGAACCAGACGCCCUUAUCAAGGAUAUAAUCGGAGUUGUUCGUGUAUGCCUACGUGGUUACGCUUCAUCCUGUCUCACCGGUUUUCUACCCACUCUAGGAGGAUCUCAACAAUCAGGAACCGUCAAUCUGUUCAGCUUGAUACGAGAAGAAACCACAUACGUUCGACUUACACCUGACCAACAAUUCCUAGUUUGUUGUAUUCUCGCGACUGCCGAUUGGUGCGCAGAAACAUCGAUUAAGCUUCAAGAGAAGCUUGCCGAGAGAAUUCCGGGCGCUGACAUUUCGCAAGAAACUGAAGCAUUCUACUCGAUCACAAAUCAAUCACUCAAUGUAAUUGUGCAAGAUGUUGAAUCGACAUGCGACGCGGCACUUCAAUCAAUCAAUAAAGUCAAUUGGAGUGCCGUCGAUUCGGUUGGCGAUGAGUCGCCGUUCAUCGGCGCGAUGCGUUCGCAUCUUCGACAAGCGGUUCCGUUGAUCCGCGAUAUGCUCACCGAUGAUCGCCGCAAGUAUUUCGCGCAUUUCUGCUUGAAACUCGCAACUCAGCUGGCUCACAAAUUCGUCGGCGCAUUGUUCCGAUGUCGUGCAAUAAGCACCCAUGGAGCUGAGCAACUUCUUCUCGACACUCACUCGUUGAAAACGUUUUUGUUGGGCGUUCCUUCAAUAGACAGCGUAAUUUCGCUGAAACCGCCGAUUGCCUAUGUGACUAGUGUGAAUUCGGCGUUGACAAAAGCGGAAAUGAUUUUGAAGGUGGUCAUGUGCAGCUUGGAAACCGUCGACGACUUUGUUGAGCAGUAUUGCAAACUUCUGCCAAUGUCCGAUGUAACCGAACUCCAGAAGGUGUUGGAGAUGAAGGGUGUCAAGCGUCAAGAUCACGCCGCUAUUCUUAACGCCUACAGACAAAAGAUUGGAGUGGAUUCCAGCGCCGAAAUCGCAACAACAAGUUUGACGUCGAGAUUAGUUGGCGGUGCGCUACCGGCAGUCGGCAGCGCGACAUCAGUAUCGGAAGCGUUCAACGCGGUCGUCUCAAUGGCCGCCGAUGGGCUUUCCGAUCAAACCGUCACAUCGUCCAUUGAUAAAUUGAAGCGAUUCGAGAGGCUCAUGAUGCGUUUCUCUUCAAUGCUUGUACGCAAUGCAAAAUUGUGCUCAAACGUCAACCAAAUGCAGCUCGCUGCGUUCUCGACGAAAGCUCCCGAGAUGAUCAAAGUCGAGAAGGUCGGAGAGCAAAAGAACGUUGCUCUCGUCACUUUGAACCGUCCAAAAGCCCUGAAUGCUCUUUGCAAUCAGCUUAUGGGAGAACUUUCGGAAGCAUUGGGAAAAUUGGAUCAGGAUAAAUCCGUAGGUGCCAUUGUUAUCACUGGCAACGAGAGAGCGUUUGCUGCCGGAGCCGAUAUUAAGGAGAUGAUCAACAACGAAUUCGCCCAAACGUUCAGCGGAAGCUUCCUCUCCAACUGGACCGCCGUUUCCGACGUCAAAAAGCCGGUGAUCGCCGCCGUCAACGGAUUCGCUUUGGGAGGUGGCAACGAACUCGCCAUGAUGUGCGACAUCAUCUACGCCGGAGACAAGGCUCAAUUCGGUCAGCCGGAAAUCAACAUCGGAACGAUUCCGGGAGCCGGCGGUACUCAGAGAUGGACUCGCGCCGCCGGCAAAUCUUUCGCCAUGGAGGUUUGCCUCACUGGAAAUCGCGUAUCGGCGCAAGAAGCGAAAGAGGUCGGAAUUGUAAGCAAGGUUUUCCCAGCCGAUCAGGUUGUCGGCGAAGCGGUGAAGCUCGGAGAGAAAAUCGCGCAACAAAGCCCACUGAUUGUUCAAAUGGCGAAAGAAGCCGUCAACAAGGCUUACGAAUUGACGCUCGCUGAAGGACUCCACUUCGAGCGCCGCCUCUUCCAUGCGACCUUCGCCACUAAGGAUAGAAAGGAAGGAAUGACCGCGUUUGCCGAGAAGAGAAAGCCAACCUGGAAGUCCGAGUAA